GGGUCUUCAAAUCUUGUAGAGCCACAUCACUAGACUAAAAAAACAAAUAUACUCUUUAGUUUAUUUAAGGUCACUUUGAAUACAAAGAUUUAAAUGAUACAAAGUGUUCAUAAAAAGUAAUCAGAAGUCUUGCAUAAAGCUGAGUUUUGUUCAAGGAAAAAGAAACACUCCACAGGGCUGCAUACUUAAAACAAUUAGAGAAUAACUGCUGCAGAAGGCAGAAAACAGUUAAAUAGCAGCCAGCUGGGACAAAAGUAUGCUUUGAAAGGCUUUGUAAAGAAGUAUGCUUUGUAAAAGCAUGCUGAAUCGGCCCCCCGUCUUAAACAGAAUGCUAUUCCCAAUCGAAUAAAAGCUUACAGCUUCUAGAAAGCAACUGUCCUUGGCAUAUAAAAGAUUCCAGUGCUUAUUUUGUCUAGCUUAAGAAAGCGUCACACCCUGAAGUAGCAGGGCCCAUCCCCUUUUUUCACACUGCCUUGGUGCAAAUAAUUCUUUUUUUCUAGUACGUUUUCUGGGCUUACAAAAAGUGGAUGGGCUGAGGCAAAGAGUGCAGAGGGUGCUGUCAUUCUCCCACAGACAGAAUCUGAAACCUCCAAGAACACAAAAGUUGUAUUCUCCUUCUUUGAGCCACUUCUUUUAUAGUUUGUUAAGAGGUCACCAAAAGAGGAGCUUUGGAAGUGAAGUUUGCAGGAUUUCUUUUUGUUGUCACUCCAAGAGAAAAUAAACCUACAAUGUCUCUGAGAGGGGAUGUGUGUGUGGUGACGGGAGCCUGUGGAUUCCUGGGGAAACGACUGGUCCGGCUGCUGCUGGAGGAAGAGAAAAUGGCUGAGAUUCGACUGCUGGACAAACACAUACCGCCCCAAAUUGUACAGACUCUGGAGGACUGUAGAGGUGACACAAAGGUGAGUGUUUUUGAGGGGGACAUCAGGGACAGUGAUUUCCUAAGAAAAGCCUGUCGAGGUGCAUCAGUUGUCUUCCACAUCGCAUCCAUCAUUGACCUUAAUGGAUCAGUGGAGGACAGCGAGAUGUACGGGGUCAAUGUCAAAGGAACGCAGAUGCUUCUGGAAGCAUGUAUUCAAGAGAACGUAGUGUCCUUCAUCUACACCAGCUCCAUUGAGGUGAUGGGCCCAAACGCCAAAGGUGAACCUAUAAUCAAUGGCAAUGAGGACACAUUUUACAACUCCUCCCUGAAGUUUGCCUACAGCAAAACCAAAAAGGAGGCUGAGCAGAGAUCCCUCCAGGCCCACGGAGAGGUGCUCCAAAACGGAGGUCGACUGGCCACAUGCGCCCUCAGACCCAUGUACAUCUAUGGGGAGGGCUGUCGUUUCCUCCUGGGUCACAUGGGCGACGGGAUACGAAACAAGGAUGUGCUGUACCGAAUGUCUGCACCAGAAGCUCGUGUGAAUCCUGUCUAUGUGGGCAAUGUGGCUGUCGCCCACAUCCAGGCAGCCCACAGCCUCAAAGAUCCACAAAAAAGAAACAUGAUUGGAGGAAACUUUUACUUCAUUUCAGAUGAUACACCACCUGUGAGUUAUUCAGACUUCAACCACGCCAUGAUGUCACCUUUGGGCUUCAACAUUCAAGAGAAACCCCUGCUGCCACUCGGCCUCCUCUAUGUGAUCUGCUACUUAUUGGAGUUUCUGUGCAUGAUGCUCCGUCCUUUCAUACGCAUCGUCCCACCUCUGAACCGGCAGCUCCUCACCAUGCUGAACACACCAUUCAGCUUCUCCUAUCAGAAGGCUAAGAGGGACCUGGGAUACAUCCCCAGAUACACCUGGGAGGAAGCACGCAAAAGAACCAUUGAAUGGCUUGCCUCCCAGUUGCCACAGGAGAGGAAGUAAAAAAUAUAUAUAUUCAUAGAAAAUAAGGAGUAAAUAACCUCUGAUAAUUAUCAUUGUACUAAAAUCACGAUAUGAAGGAUUUUUCACUGAAAAAUAGCUAAAUAUACAAAGAUGUGUGUCAGUUUGUGACCUCAUUCUCAUGCAUGAAUAACACCAUUGUCCUGCAGCAACAAAAAGCUGUAAAGUGAAAGUAAAUAUUACGCACACAUGGUGAUCAUCCAUUGUUAGUGUUUCUUUAAAUGCACUGUGUGAAAUUUGUAUGUAAUUAUAGCCUCUUCCAAGUUAUUCUGAUAACUUCAGUAUGCGUUUUUGUUUGAUUUUCUUGAAUUGCAGAUCAGUUGCAUUCACUCCUUGUUUUGUCAGUGCUUUUGGAUUUACAAAUGCUUAAGAAGAGAUGGUUUAAGGCAAUAACUUGACUAUCAGUAGGAUAGGACUUUGAUCUUGUUACAUUGACACGAUUGUUCAAUAUCACCUGGUGUUACUGUAUGGAAAUAUGCUUGGUAUAAAAUUAAAGUUUAUGAUGAAAAUCCCA